CUACCCUUCCCGCAGCGUCCCGGGCUCGGUGGGUGCGCCAAGCCGACGCCAGCGCCACGGAGCCAGCCCGAGUCGGAUCAGAUGAGGAAACAGGUUCUAAGACAUGCAGUAAAUUUCACAAGGUUACAUCAGCUGGAGAGCAAUGGAGUCAAGAUCUGAAGCUGGGCAUUCUGGCUUCAGAGGCUCUGCACUUAACCACGGUACUGUCCUGUUUUUCUGGACCUCAGUUCCUUUAUCAAUGAAAAGGACAUUGCUCAUGGUGUUGACGUGAAGGACCCAGGUCUGUCUUCCCCGGGUGAUUGGAAACCUUCAGGUUAAGAACCACAUCUAUUUAUACAGAAUCCUGGCAUAGUCCUUGGACACUGAGCUGAAGAAGGAAGAUGGCAAGACUAAAGGAACCUAGGCAUUCGAGACAGCCACAGGAUUUCUCCACACUCUGAAAGUUCACAGAGAUUGUGGAGCAAAGUGCAGAGAAGCCCCACCCACCAUGGAGGUGGAGGCGGCAGAGGCCCGGGCCCCAGCUCCUGGCUACAAGCGGUCUGGCCGCCGCUAUAAGUGCUUGUCCUGUACCAAGACAUUUCCAAAUGCGCCCAGGGCAGCGCGCCACGCUGCCACCCAUGCACCUGCAGACUGCAGUGAGGAGGUGGCCGAGGUGAAGCCAAAGGCUGAUACAGAACCCAAGGCCGAGGAAGCCGGUGGGGACAAGGUGUCAGGGUCAGCAGCCAAGCCUCGGCCUUACGCCUGUCCGCUGUGCCCAAAAGCCUACAAGACGGCACCCGAGUUGCGCAGCCAUGGGCGCAGCCACACAGGCGAGAAACCCUUUCCGUGCCCGGAGUGUGGGCGUCGCUUCAUGCAGCCAGUGUGCCUGCGCGUGCACCUGGCCUCGCACGCUGGCGAGCUGCCCUUCCGAUGUGCACACUGCCCCAAGGCCUAUGGCGCGCUCUCCAAGCUCAAGAUCCACCAGCGUGGUCACACGGGCGAGCGGCCCUACGCCUGUGCAGAUUGCGGCAAGAGCUUCGCCGAUCCCUCGGUGUUCCGCAAGCACCGACGCACUCACGCCGGCCUGCGGCCCUAUGGCUGCGAGCGCUGCGGCAAGGCCUACGCCGAGCUCAAGGACUUGCGCAACCACGAACGGUCCCACACUGGCGAGCGCCCCUUCCUGUGCUCUGAGUGCGGAAAGAGCUUUUCUCGCUCGUCGUCGCUCACGUGCCACCAGCGCAUCCACGCGGCGCAGAAGCCCUACCGCUGCCCGGCCUGCGGCAAGGGCUUCACGCAGCUCAGCUCCUACCAGAGCCACGAGCGCACGCACUCGGGCGAGAAGCCCUUCCUGUGCCCGCGCUGCGGCCGCAUGUUCUCCGACCCGUCCAGCUUCCGGCGCCACCAGCGCGCGCACGAGGGCGUGAAGCCGUACCGCUGCGAGAAGUGCGGCAAGGACUUCCGGCAGCCGGCCGACCUGGCCAUGCACCGGCGCGUGCACACCGGCGACCGGCCCUUCAAGUGCCUGCAGUGCGACAAGACCUUCGUGGCGUCCUGGGACCUCAAGCGGCACGCGCUGGUGCACUCGGGCCAGCGGCCGUUCCGCUGCGAGGAGUGCGGGCGCGCCUUCGCCGAGCGCGCCAGCCUCACCAAGCACAGCCGCGUGCACUCGGGCGAGCGCCCGUUCCACUGCAACGCCUGCGGCAAGUCCUUCGUGGUGUCCUCCAGCCUGCGGAAGCACGAGCGGACCCAUCGGAGCAGCAGCAGCGAGGCUGCGGGGGCCGCCCCCCAGCAGGAGCUGGUGGUGGGGCUGGCCCUGCCGGUGGGCGUGGAGGGCCCGGCCGCCCCAGGGGCGGCGCUGGGGGACCCCCCGGCCGGGCUGCUGGGGCUGCCCCCGGAGUCGGCCGGUGUGAUGGCCACGCAGUGGCAAGUGGUGGGCAUGACGGUGGAGCACGUGGAGUGCCUGAACGCGGGCGGCGCGGAGGCGCCCGGCCCCAUGGGCGAGACGGGCGAGGUGGGGGGCGGCGAGGAGACGGACGAGAAGCCCCCGCAGUUCGCGUGUCGCGAGUGUAAGGAGACCUUCUCCACGCUGACGUUGCUGCGGCGCCACGAGCGCUCGCACCCGGAGCUCCGGCCCUUCGCCUGCACCCAGUGCGGCAAGAGCUUCUCAGACAGGGCCGGGCUGCGCAAGCACAGCCGAACCCACAGCUCCGUGCGCCCCUACGCCUGCCCGCACUGCCCCAAGGCCUUCCUGAGCGCCAGUGACCUGCGCAAGCACGAACGCACGCACCCCGCGCCCAUCGAGACCCCCGCUCCCCUGGAGCCCCUUGUGGCUCUGCUGGGAAUGCCUGAAGAGGGGCCAGCCUGAGCCCGCCGUCCCCCCAUCCGCGCCCAGCGCGUGUCUCCCCAACUGCCUUGUGCCCCACCCCACCCCCAUCUCCCCAGCUCGAUCUAGACUCUGGGUACCUAUUCUUGAGCAACUAGCUCACCUGGCUGCACCCGAGAGCUGGCAUGCUGGAGGCUGGGCCCACUUGUGAGGACUGAAAACCCCUCAUUAAAGCAUCCACUCCGACACCGGGUCCUCUAAUGUGUUCUAGUUGGGGUGAGUGGUUGGGAGUUUGAGCAUCGGGUAAGGUUCAGUGGAGACCCCUGAACUGACCGCAAACUAGAAGGGUUUUUAGAUGCAUGGUUUCCCAAGGAAUCUUAAGGGAUAUCUUGGGACAAAGGAUUCCGUGGCCAAGUCGGCACAGAAGGCCCUCGGCCCUUGGGAAUUCCUGGUGGUUCCACGUUGUAUGCAUUGAAGGCAUUAAAUCCUGUACCAACAGAUCUGUUUAGAUGUGUUUUGUCCACACUUUGGACCAUGGAAACCUUUUACUGAGUAAUGCUACUUCUUCUGUCCUUUUAUGGAUAAUUAAUGGAGACUCAGCAUUUACCUCCUGUAAAUGACGAUGACAAACUAGAAAAUAUACUUGAAGGAAGAAAACACUCCCAUGCACAACAAUGAAACCCAUGAAUUACAAAGGAAAAAAAGCUCACAAGAAAUGUGCAAACCCUAUAUGAAGAAAAUGAUGAAGUAAUGAGGACAUGAAUGGAAAAAGUUGUUACUAAAAGGACUGAGAUUUAGCCCAGUGGCAGGACUUGCUUAGCAUGUGACUUCUAUCCCCAGCACUGGGAGAAUAAAAAAGUUUGAUCCUUAAAUUCACGACCAUUCUAGAAGAUUUCUUUUCUUCCUUAUUUGUAUGCAUGUUUUACAUCCUUAGCAAA